UAUCUCUCUCUCGCUCUCUGAAUGAUCUCGGGCCGCCGUUGAAGGUCUCGACGAAGCUCCGGCCAUGGUUCUCCGAUAGCUAGGGCUUCUGGAAGCGCUGCCUGCUUCUUCUGAUCUGAUUUAGGGAUUAAAGUUUGGUUUUUUUGGGUAUGGAGCUCUGAAGUUUAGGGUUUUGGGAGAUAUGGGCCUGGGGUUGGAGAUAGUGAAGGUCGAGGAGUGGGAUGGUGUUGGGGAGUUGAAAGGGAAGGAGAAAGCGAAGAAGAAGAAGAAGAAGCAGGAGGAGGGAGAUAGGGUGACGAAGAGUUGCUGGGUUAGGUUUUGUUUAGCUUGUACCUGUGUCUCGGCAUCGAAGGUGGAUUCCUCAAUCAGUGGCGCCAGCGCGCAUUAUGCAGAAAGUAAAGCAACAAAUGAUGAUAGCAGGGACCAGCCUGUUGUUCCCAUUGUCUCGGGUUCUACUACUGCUAGUAAUUCUGAAAGCAAUGUAUCUACUCCCAAGGUGACUGAAGAAUUGAAACUUGCAUCUCAGCUCCGAAAAUUUAAUUUCAAUGACCUUAAGGCUGCCACAAGAAACUUUAGACCAGAGAGCCUCCUGGGAGAGGGAGGCUUUGGCUGUGUUUUCAAGGGUUGGAUAGAGGAGAAUGGAACUGCUCCUGUGAAACCUGGUACGGGACUCACUGUUGCUGUCAAAACUCUCAACCAUGACGGUCUUCAAGGACAUAAAGAGUGGCUGGCAGAAGUCACAUUUCUUGGUGAUCUUAUCCACCCAAAUUUGGUUAAGCUCAUCGGCUAUUGCAUUGAAGAUGAUCAGAGGCUGCUCGUGUAUGAGUUCAUGCCUCGUGGAAGUUUAGAGAAUCAUCUUUUUAGAAGAUCCCUACCUCUGCCGUGGUCAACCAGAAUGAAGAUCGCACUUGGUGCCGCGAAGGGCCUGGCAUUUCUUCAUGAAGAAGCUGAAAGACCAGUUAUAUAUCGAGAUUUCAAGACAUCUAAUAUCUUGUUAGAUGCGGAUUACAAUGCCAAGCUCUCCGACUUUGGACUUGCUAAAGACGGUCCUGAGGGAGAUAAAACUCACGUGUCCACAAGAGUCAUGGGAACCUAUGGAUAUGCAGCUCCGGAGUAUGUCAUGACAGGGCAUCUGACGUCAAAGAGUGAUGUCUACAGCUUUGGAGUAGUUCUACUCGAAAUGCUGACAGGUCGAAGAUCCAUGGACAAGAAACGACCAAAUGGGGAGCACAACCUGGUAGAAUGGGCUCGUCCUCACCUUGGAGAAAGGCGGCGCUUUUACAGGCUUGUGGAUCCUCGCCUGGAGGGUCACUUCUCCAUCAAAGGUGCCCAAAAGGCAGCUCAAUUGGCACACCACUGCCUCAGCCGUGAUCCAAAAGCCAGGCCUCUGAUGAGUGAAGUAGUGGAAGUCCUCAAGCCAUUGCUCAACCUAAAGGACAUGGCUAGCUCAUCAUACUACUUUCAGUCGAUGCAAGCAGAGCGUGUUGCUGCCAGCAACAGCCAAAAUGCCCGAAACGGCCUGAAAACAAAUGGUUCGUUCGGCAAGAAUGGACAACCGAUAAGGAGUCUCUCAAAUGGUGCUUCACAUGCAUCUCCCUAUAACCAGCAGUCUCCAAAGGUCAAUGGUAAGCACCCGUGACCGUUGGCACAUCGUUGUAGCAUGUGAUGUGAUCCUCAUUGUCAGUUAGUGCAUCAGGGCUUUCUGCUUAUGGUAGUAUUGUGGAUGAACCGGGGAGGGAAGUUGUUGAUUACUAAUUAUUUGGAAGUCGUAACUCCUUUUCAAAAUUUCAGUUGCUUGAUGUCAGAGUGAUUAAUGAGCCAUGAUCCUCUGUUUUCUCAUGCCUGCUAUUUGUAAUAUGUGACAUGCUUGAUGUAAUUUGAAAGCAAGUUCCAUUCAAAUCA